AUGUGCAUUCUGGGAGUUGGAGUUGGAAGAUGUUUUCCUCUCUUCCUCGUCAGGUUGAUCUCUCUGCUCGUGAUCUGCAGAUGCCUUGAUGUGAGAUCAGAGCCGGUAGACCCAUCCGCAUCCUCUCAGUGCCUAAAGGAGAUCGUUCCACAUGCUGGAUACCGCGUUUCGUUCCAAGAGCUGCAAGAUUUCUACCUAGUUGUACAAAUCAACUGUGCAGGAUUUGCUCGUGCCCGCCAGUUCUCUCUAGUGAUAGGCGGCAAGACCACCUCUGUGAGCGAGUGCGAGUCCGACCUCCUUGAAGUCCCGGUCAGGAUCUAUCGGGGGAAUCUCGCCUGGAAGUAUGUUGUGGAUCGGGAGGACGGUACGGUUGAGGAGAGAGAAUUCCAGUUCAGUGCGCUUCCUCUCCAUGAGCCCUCGAUCUCCUUGAGCUUUCCGUCGCCGGGGUUCUCAUUCAGAAAAGGAGUUCCGUUCUUCUUCAUCUCACAGCUGUCGGAACAGGAGGAGGCGCAUGAGUUCGGCUAUCCUCGCUUCUUCCUUGAGAUCAGCCUGACCUCUGUAAGCGAUGCUGAAAGAUUCUUCAGGUUUACGUGGGGAUCAGAGAAACAGCUCUCGCUUGACAACUACGUUCAACCCAGCCAGAGCAUGGUGGUGAUGGAAGAUGUUGACUUCCCAGUCGGCAACUACACCCUCAACAUUCGUCUGCUGGAUGGGUACAAGCAGUUUUCAGGUGCUGAGACAAGUACGACGGUUGAGAUCAAUCAACAGCUCGAUUAUGUUCCCUUCGAGAGUGACUUCAGCGUUGCUGAAUGCCAAGAAGAGGGAAACAUGGAUGAGAGGUGCGGGAAUGGAGGUGCAGUAGAGGGAUGCGGGCACGACAUGCUGCGGGAUGCUUCCUGGUUGCCUACGAUUGAUCCCUUGCAUUCAAUACAUCGUUGCGCAAACACUCUGGCUUUCACUGAAAGAGUGGAGGAGCUUUACAAGGCGAUAGAUAAUGUCGUCAAACCUGUUGAUGCUGCCAGAGGGGACAUUGCGAGUGCCUUUGGAACCAACGUCCGGGCUCUUCUGCUUGCUAUCGCGCGCAGUAUGGCGCAGCAGGAACACCUUGUGUUUGAGGGACACUGGGAGUACUUAACAUACAGAUCUUGUCCAAGCGGACACAUCUCAUGUUACUUUGAGAAUGUUUUUUCGUGCAACACCAGCUCAGGAAGACUGUACGAACGGCCAAAGAGCGCCGACGAAGUUGAUGAUCCCCCGAUGGAUGAGUAUCGCAUUGGCGUUUCUCGAGUCUUCAAUCUUCGGCAAAACCCAGCCAUGUUUCGAGCCGAGAGCACCUUCUGGUUCCUAUCUCAUGCGGCCGACUACAUCCUCCAGCCUAACCUGAGGAUGAAGAAUCUUGUGAGACAGGCAAAGGCAGCAGUCAACUUCCGUUCUCCUGUCAUCGGGGUCCAUAUUCGACAGGGAGAUUCUUGCCAUGCUGGGACGGGAAGGAAAUGCUUCAAAACAGGAGAUUAUGUACAGGCUGUCAGAAACAUGUCAGAUCUGUAUGGAGUAAGGACGGUCUUCGUUGCAUCAGACAAUGCCGACAUCAUCAUCGAACUUCGUCAACUGCAUCCGGAGGUCGACUGGCUCACUCUGCCACAGAGGAGACAUGCGGGCGAGCUGAAAGGAACCCUCCCACAAGUUGAUCUCUUGCUCCUGAGGGACUGCGACUACUUCAUCGGCCAGUUCUCCUCCGCAUUUAGCCUGCUGGCUCUAGAACUUUCAGCCGCGCGCAAAGUACUGGGGUUCAUACCUCCUUACAUCGGCAUGGAUGGGCCAUGGCAGAGCCUUGUGAACUGAACAUCUGGAGGAAGAAGAUGCCUCAGAUGACGAGCUGCAGGAAGCAAGCUCGUACAGCUAUGUGUCCGUCCCUCAGCAGGAUUCGACAACAAUAAAACCCGCAGACCAUGGUUUCUUCCUGAUACAAGUUUACAACAUUCCAGACCUUUGUUCUUCUUAUCUUGGAGUCACAGGGCCGGCGCCUUUGGGCUUGCUGGCUUCCGCUGGCAUCUC